CCCUAUAAGAAAUAUGUAUACGGAAAGGAUACGUUUUGUAUACAUUUUAUGUACGUUUCUAUAGAUUCCGUAUACAAAUUCCGUAUAUUUAAUAAGCAAUUCAUUUUUGAACAUUUUUUAAAAAAACUAAUGUAUACGGAAAAAAUUAAUCAUACGGAACGUAUACGGAAUUUUUAAACAAUAUUUUUAGAAAAUAAUUUUACAAAAAUCUCGUAUCAUAACACGAGAUCACGUGAUUGUUUAUUGUUUUGUUAUGAUACGUUUUUUGUUUUUUAUAUGUAUAAACCCUUACUUUGAUGAGUUUGAUCUUCCGAUCUUCCUUUCUGUCUUUCCUUUUCUUCUCUUUUCUCUUGUCUUAUUUUUGUUAUUUUUUCUAAAUUUUUCUUCUUUUUUCGGCACCCCCCUUUUAAAAAAAAAAUUUUUUUUUUUCGUACCUC